CCUGAAGAUGCACCAUGACUCCAGGUGCCGCAGGGACUUCUUGUACAGGCGGAGCACCCUCUGCUGAUGGCUCAGAUAGGCCGACGCCAUCUUGCCACCUCUGGCCGCAGCACGUCGCGGGAGCGCGCACGCAAAGGCACCCGGGCAGCCGUGACGUCACCGAGCGCCGCUGGCGACGCACAGGGCGCUUAGUCUGGGGGUGAACCAAGAUGGCGACUCAAACACGCCCACCUCCCCUCCUUAGUGGGCGGGCUACAUUGGCCGCUUGCUCGGCGGCCUGCUGAGGGUGUACCAAAAUGGCGGGUCAAUCCGUUUUUCCCUGUGACGGUGUCAAUGCCACCCUCUCGGUUGGUGGGUGUACCAAGAUGGCGGCGUCACCCCAUUGAAGCCCAGCGCGAGGAAUUGUGGGUUGUGGAAGGUGUGCAGCAAGAUUGGCUGAGCCUGCCAACAUGUCCCUCUACAGGUUCAUAGGUGAGAGGAGCAGGGGUGCUGCAGCCAUGAAUAUAACAUUAAUAACAUUAUUAUUAUUUUUAAAGGACCACUAUAGGCACCCAGACCACUUCAGCUUAAUGAAGUGGUCUGGGUGCUGUGUCCAGCUAGGGUUAGCCCUUUUUUAAAAAAUUUUUUUUUAUAAACAUAGCAGUUUCAGAGAAACUGCUAUGUUUACCUAUGGGUUAAUCCAGCCUCUAAAGCCUCUAGUGGCUGUCUCGUUGACUUUCACAGUGAGAAGAAUGCUUUCCUAUGGACUGGCUGAAUGCACGCGCGGCUCCUUCCGCGCAUGCGCAUUCAGCCGAAGAGGAGGAGAAGAGAGAGGAGGAGGAGAGCUUUAACCCCUUCCACCCCCUAGAGCCGGGCGGGAGGGGGUCCCUAAAGGGGGGUCACACCCUCAUGGCACUAUAGUGCCAGGAAAACAAGUAUGUUUUCCUGGCACUAUAAGGGUCCUUUAACAUUAAUUAUUAUUAUUAACAUUAUUAACAUUAAUUAUUAUUAGCAUUAUUAUUAUAAGCAGCAGCUGUGCCUUGCAACAUGUAUAGAGUCAUAUUCCUUGUCACAUGUAUAGAAUGAAUGGGAAAGUGUCACCACAUGUUACUGGUACAAGAGCUCUCAGAAAUCUUUCCCCAAAGUGUGGGCACUAGCUGUCAUUCUGGUGUUAAAGUGCAGAAAAUUCUGUCUAUACGUUGUGUAACGGAAUGCCUGGCACCCCGACUGGGUUCCUUCCGCUGACGGAUGCUCCUAGUGCUCCCCGAGGGCUUCAAGCACUCUGCCAGACACCAUAACCACUGCAGACCACACGAACCGCCACAGUUUGGUUGGGGUCUCGCCGCCCUCCACCCACUCUGGACCCAAGACCGGGCUUUAGCUUCCAGUGGGUGAACCUCAACCUCUCCUAAAUCCAGAGAGCAGGAACAAGAACAAGCUCUUACAAGAGCUUAAACUCAGGGGAGUAUUGUGAUAUAGCAAUCCCCACAGUGUAGGCAAUUCUCCAAUCCCCCAAACAUGAGCCAAGACUUCAUGAAGGGGUAAGCAGGUCUGUUUAAUGCACACAAAAGGACUUUCUUUUAUACAAGUUUUCAGGCCAGAGGCACACGCUGGACCUGGUGGUAAACUGUGACAAAAGGGACACAAACCAAGGGGAACACUAAUUAACAAAAUAACACUCCCACCUUCACAGUAAAAUCCCUCCCCUCUAUCCUGGAGAUAAUUGGCUUAAGGAACUGCAGUAAACUCAAUUAUCUCCAGGUACAGAAAAUAUCUCCAUUUUACACUGACAGUAAAAUACAUAAUUCCAGAACCCUCACAUUUAACCUAUCCCAGAUAGCUCUGAUCUGAGCGCCCAAUAUAGGUGAAAAGCGCUCAGAUCCCACGAACAGAGUAAAUUUUCCAAAAGUCUGUGGCAAAGGGUAGUUUGUCACACAUUGUACUAGAAGAUAUGCUAGCAAAUGUAUAAUCUGAGAGGAAAAAAUAACUAGUUUAAAAUUAGUCUUUCUCGACACGUGUCAGUCAGUUCUCUGGCAUUAUGCAAAAGAAUUGACUGACGGAGAGCGCAAAGGGGGACCGCUCACAGGUAGUCCUUCUGCUCCCCUAGCAGGGCAAAUCGAAGAAGAGAACAGCCGGCAUGGGCAGAGUGGUGGUGGUUACAGAAAACUAAUACCCACAAAAGUGAGGAAAUGGCGGCUCUGGAUCGGAGGUGAAUUACUAUCUCGAAACCUUACAUUGAAUACAUCAUACAUGUCUGUGUUAUGAUUUAUUCAAUAUAUUCGGAGGUGACCUCUUUAAAGGGAACCUGUCUUGAUUUUAAAUGAGGGACUAUUUUGUUAAAGCAUUCCCAUGGAUUUAGUAAAUAGUUCCCUUGAUGUAGGUAUCGUACACAUGAUAUUGAGGUGACAAAUCCAGUAGCAGUCAAGUUUGCAAAAUAAAAUCGCAUGCUUUAAUGCGGGUGAACCUGUAGAAGUCUGCUAUAUUUGUCUACUGUCACCGCAAGCAUCCAGCAGGCAGAGUUAAUAUGACACAAAAAAUUAUUUAAAAAAACUAGGCGUUUAAUCAAUAAUGUAAAUGUAGUAAUGAAAUAAUGUACAUUUUAAUAACUUUGUUAAUAUGUUUCCAUAAUUGGGGUAUAUUUCACCCCUCAGUGGAGUUAACCCCAUUUAUGAAAUGGAGUUUGCCAACAUAAUUAUGCUAAUUGCAGAUUUUUGCGGCUAUAGCUUGCCAUUCAAUAGAAAUGGCUACAUUCUGCCUGCAUUUCUUAGUCAAUCAAAUGUGCAGGCAGAUAGUGGCCAAUUAUUUUCAGUCUGAGCAUUCAGUUGUGUAUUUCCAUCAUUUAGCUCUGGAUUUUAGUUUUGUAGGUAAACUCCAGACUACAUUCAUGUUAAAGGGACACUAUGGGCACCCAGACCACUACAGCUCAUUGAAGUGAUCUUGGUGCAGUGUCCCAGGUUCCAUAACCCUGCACUGGUAAUUAUUGCAGUUUUUAAUAAACUGCAAUAAUUACAUUUGAGGGUUAACUCCACCUCUAGUGGCUGUCUACCAGACAACUAGUAGACCACUAGAAGGACUUCCGGGUGGUUCGCCUAACUGACACUGAACGUCCUCAAGCUAUGCAUGGUAUAUGUAGGUGAUGGAAGUGCACUCAAUCCUUCGUCUCGAAUUCAGGGUGCUCUAGUGGAUAAGUCCAAGUACCAAAGAAGGACCAAUUGAAGCAUUUAAAUAUAAAGAAUGAUCCAGGCACUCCAGCAUAUUCCAAAAUGUAGGCAAUCUUUAUUGGAACAAGGAACCAAAAGGCAACGUUUCGACCCCUUAGGGCAGGGGUUCUCAACCCAGUCCUCAGGACCCCCUACCAGUCCAGGAUUUGGGGAUUACCUGGGUGUGUCUAAGGUGUUUAGAAAAAAGGGAAAAAAACACCUUAGACUCUAAGGUGUUUUUUUUUCCUUUUUCUAAACACCUUAGACACACCCAGGUAAUCCCUAAACCCUGGACUGGUAGGGGGUCCUUGAGGACAAGGUUGAGAACCCCUGCUUUAGGGCCUUUGUCAAGCUUUUGGUUCCUUGUUCCAAUAAAGAUUGCCUACAUUUUGGAAUAUGCUGAGUGCCUGGAUUAUUCUUUAUACUCAAGCUAUGCAUGGUGACAUCCAGCGUCACACAAAAUCCCAUAGGAAAGCUUUAUGCAAUGCUUUCCAAGGUGCGAAGUCCUAAUGCGACUGCGGCAAUUGCCGCGCAUGUGCAUUAGGUCCCCCACGCUGGAUGACAUAGGUGGGAGAGGAACUAGGCGGAGACUGAACCAGUGCCCAUGGACUUUGUUUUCCUGGCACUAUAGUUUUCCUUUAAUUUGGAGUCUGUAUUACCAGAUUUGGCCAUUGAAAAACACUCUGAUCAAUGCCUGGAUUUUGUGGCAUUUUGAUGAAUCUUUAUUAGUUAAAAGGAUAAUAGUUUUGUUCCAUAAACCCACCUUUUCUGUUCCUACUUUUCAUCCAACAAUAUUCACAUUUUUGCUUCGAUAUUGUGUCUGUACAUAAUGUUAUUACUUACAGUAGUAUUAUCUUGAAAGGCUGCAAAGUAACUGCUUCUGGGACUGUAGUUAGCCUGCCAUUAGCUUUUUAUGAUGGAUUACAUUGGAUUCUGGUCAACUGUGGCUAAAUCAGUGGUUUGGAAUCUUAAAUCUCUCUGUUUCUUUGCUUUCAGACAUUGGCAUAAACCUAACAGAUCCCAUGUUUAGAGGAAUAUAUAGAGGUACAAAGAAACAUCAAGGUAAUGUUGGUUAAAGGUCACCGGAUACAUGUGCCAUGCUCUCUUUUAAUUAUAUAGAAAAUGCAAAUAAAUUAGGUGACUUUCAAUGUUCGUCUACCUUACUAUUGGCAUAUAGAAGCAUUAGCACUCCUACAUUGGUGUUUUUUGCAGAGUUUUUGGAUGCAGCUAAGGAGCAUCUCUCCUUGGUACCAUGCCUCAUUAAAGGGACAUUGUAAGCCUCAAAACCACUUUAUUUUAAGAUAUGGUUUCGGACAAUUUUUGCAUUUAUUGAAAACCUUUUCUGUAGUGAAGACUUUCAAAAAGCAGAAAGUCUUCCCAUUCGUUGUGUCAUCAUGAUCAGUGCUCUGUGCUGAACGCAUAUGAUUGGCAGGAGGUGGUAACUGUGUUGCAUGUGCCCUAUGUCUUCAUGACAAAAGUCAUCAUUACCGGUGACAUUUUCGUCUGCUCCAUGGAGACUGAACCGGUGCCGAAAUAAUGGUGAAUUUUAUAGUGAUUUUUAACAUUUAUGUAUUUUAAAUAGAACUCCUCCAAUCACACAAUGCAAUGGUUUUAUUGUCUGUGUGUGGGUUACAUUAUUCCUAGGUAUAUGUUUGAUUUAGUUUAGUUUGUGACCCUCCCCAUUGUAUAGAGAUGGAUACAGUCUUCAUUACAGGAUAUUUUAUUUUUUAUUGUACACACAGUAACUCCGUAUUGAUCCCAUUCUUUUCGAAUCGAAGGCCUUCUUUCUUUUCCGUUCUACAUCUAUUUCAUGUAAACAGUGAGCACACCAUAUAUCUCAUACAUUUUAUAAAACAUUGCGUUAAUUCUGUCUGUAAGGAACCCCACCUGUGUCACAUGGUGCUUUAAUUACCUAGUUCUCGUUUUUGUUUUUUUUAAACAAUAGAAAAAUGACUUGAAAAUGCCACUUGAAUAGUUUGAUUACAAUUCUUGUCAUCCUGUAAUGCUGUGUAUUUGUUUUUACAGAUGACUUUGCAGAUAUAUUAGAACGUGCUGUCAAGACUGGUGUGCAGAAGGUUAGAUUCAGUUUAUGAUUCCUUUCCUAUCCAUCUUACUGGAUAAGCCACAGUAAUACGGAACUAUGAGAACAGUCUCAUUUUUCCUUUAUGGUUUCACAUAGGUAAACUCCAAUUUUUGGGCAUUGUCACACCUGUAUUGAGACAGUAAAGUAUAUGCUGCUUAGUGGCCUUUUGAGAAGUGACAGAAGUACUGAUGUUGCAGAUAUAUGCGAGGGUAGUAAACCGGCCACAUUUGCUUUUUUAGAAUCAAAGUUUAAUCUUCCAUCUAGAGAUUUGUUUCAAUAUCUCAGGAUUAAGAAUUUUUUACUUUCUAAGUCGAUAAUUAAAGUUCAUCAUAUUACCCCCCUAUUGGCAAUUAGCCACAAGAGGGGUGGAAUCUCUAGAUUUAAUAAAUUAUUUGACUCUGUAGAACAAGUUCCCUAUGUGUCAUUGUUUAAUAAGUGGGAGAUGGAUGUCGGAAGAUCCUUCUCACUAACACAGUGGACUAAAGCCACUUCGUUGGUAAAUAAGUAUAUUCAUAAUGUAUCCUUGGUUGAAACCCAUUUUAAGCUAUUGUAUAGAUGAUACCUCGUUCCCGUUAGACUCCACAGGUUGGCACCAAUUCAUCAAAGUAAUGUUGGAGAUGUGGGAAGGAAGAAGGUACUAUGUACCACAUUUGGUGGGAUUGUCCGGAGCUUAAAGGACCACUAUAGGCACCCAGACCACUUCAGCUUAAUGAAGUGGUCUGGGUGCCAGGUCCAGCUAGGGUUAACCCUUUUUUUCUAAGCAUAGCAGUUUCAGAGAAACUGCUAUGUUUAUGUUAGGGUUAAUCCAGCCUCUAGUGGCUGUCUCUUGACAGCCGCUAGAGGCGCUUGCGUGCUUCUCACUGUGACAAUCACAGUGAGAAGACGCCAGCGUCCAUAGGAAAGCAUUGUAAAUGCUUUCCUAUGAGACUGGCUGAAUGCGCGCGCAGCUCCUGCCACGCAUGCGCAUUUAGCCGAAGAGAAGGAGAGGAGGCGGAGAGGAGUACGUACCUGGGUUGGGAAAAAAAGGUCCAAACGUAUCAUUUCUGGGUGGGCUAAUACACACCUCCUCCUGGGCUAUUACAUGACUUAACGUCAUGUAAUUAGUAAAAUCUGGUAAUUUUAAAAUACAGGACACGGAGGCUCAUAUUAGGUUCAAAGCUGUGAAAUAACCAUAGAUUAAACAUGUUCUGUAGGUCAAAAAUAAUGUUCUCUAAACGUAGAUUCACUGGACCAAUCUGCUGUUCUAAGAAGGUCCUCUAGUCUACAGCCCAAGUUGAAAACUUUUGAAUCCAUAGCUCCUCUAGUAGAGUGAGCACCAUACUUUGAUGUAUCUAUGUUGGCCAAGGUCAUGAUCCAUUUCACCCAUCAGGCUAGCGUCACUGUAGAUACCGGGUGAUGAGGCAUUUUGAUGGCCAAGAACAACUCCUGAUUUAUUGGACUCCUGAAUCCCAGGGUUCGUUUUUCGUAUUCUCGUAGGCACGCCACAGGGCAGAGAUUAACGUUAUGUGGAAAUGUCUGAUAAGACACCGAGGUAGUCGAUUUCGUCCGCCUGGCAAUGUUGAAUGACACUCCCGUGGGGGUAAACGAUCGUGCAUCUAUGUCCAAUGUCAGAACAUCUGAAACCCUUUUACAAGAUAUCAGGCAAAGGAGCAUGACCAGUUUUGCUGAUAGCUGUUUAAGCGUGAGUUCCUCGUUUCGUGCCCAAGAUUCCAGUAAACGGAGGACCAGAUUCACAUCCCACAACGACGAAUAUCGAGGUUGGGGUGGUCGAGCAAAUUUUAUGCCUCAUAGGAGCCGGCACACCAGCAGUUGUUGACCGACCGGAGUCCCUUCUAGGCCCUGAUGGCCAGAGGAAAUUGCCAAUCUAUAGAAGUUAAUGGUACGGUAAGCCAACCCAUGGCUAUAUAAAUUGGUAAGGAAACGCAACAGAUAAUUUACAGGAGCACGUACGGGAUCCACCUGUUGUUCCAUGCACCAACUACUCCAUCCGUUCCAGGCAUAUUGGUAGGAUCGUCUCAUUCCAGGUGCCCGUGCUCCUGCCAGUAGGUCGAGAGUGUCUGGUAUAAACCAGGUUCCCCAGAAAGGAGCCAUGCCAAGAGUCUGAGGUUCCCUUGGAUCAGAAGGGGGUGUGAGUUGCCCUCUGGGUCCCGUAAAAGGUGUGAGACAUCUGAAAGUAAUCUUGUAAGGUCGAUGGACAGCUCCAUGAGGGAAGGGAACCAAGGUUUAGCCAUCCAGAAUGGAGUUAUGAGGACCAACGAUGUCUGAGCUCGUCUGAGAUGUACUAGCGUCCAUGCCAUGAGGGCGAAAGGAGGAAAAGCGUACAAUCGUCCCCUCGGCCAGUGUUGGAGGAACGCAUCCGCUGCUAGGGCGUCUGGAUCUGGUCUCCAGCUGAAGAACGCUGGUAACUGGGAGUUCAAGCGAGAUGCAAAAAGGUCGAUGUACAUCAGACCCCAGAGCAUUUGAAGUUGUAGGAAUAUUUCGCGGUCCAGUCGCCAAUCGCUGGCGUCCCGCAGAUGUCUGGAGUUACAGUCUGCUACUAUGUUGGAUAGGCCGGGAAUAUAUUCCACCUGGACCGAAAUAUUGCGAUCCAGGCAAUAUUGCCAAAACUCCUUGGCCAGGUCCGUCAGAAUCCGUGAUCUCGUACCACCGAGGUGGUUGAUGUGGCGGACCACUGAUAUAGUGUCCAUUCGUAGUACAAUCGAGCAGUUGGUUGUGGCUCCAAGGAGGCUCUUCAGGGCAAAGGAACCUGCCAUAAGUUCGAGGCCGUUGAUGUGUAGUUCUUUUUCUGAAUAUGACCAUAUUCCUCUGGUGGAGAUAGGCCCGCAUCGAGCUCCCCAGCCAUGCGUACUCGCAUCGGACUCUAUGAUGAAGUCCGGGGCAGCUCGGAAGAUCGCUCUGCCGUUCCAUGUGUUGAAGCCACCAGGUGAGUUCCUGUUUGGCUUCGUGGUCUAGUGGAACAGAGUUGGAGUAUGAGUGCCCCAAGCGUAAGUGCGUGGCCUUUAACUGUCGAAGGGCCCUGUAGUGGAGGGGGCCCCGGAAAAUAGCUUGGAUGGAGCCUGCGAAGAGGCCGAUUAUCCUAGCCAGUUGUCGUAAGGUUAAUAUUGGGCGUGCCAAUGUCCGGCGGAUUUCUUUCUUGAUGCUCUUGACCUUCGUGGUCGGUAGACUGGUCGUUCCUUUUGUCGCGUCUAUGUUGAAUCCCAGAAACUCCAUGGUUUGGGAUGGGGUUAGUGUUGACUUUUUCCAAUUGAUUAAAAAUCAAUUUUGUAGGAGGGACAGUGCCCAGGAGAGGUGUUGUCGGAGCAGUUGGAUGUUGUGUGCCAUGAUCAGCAUAUUGUCUAGAUAUAUGAUCAUCCGUAAACCUCUGCUGCGUAGGAGAGCCACCACUGGCUUCAGCAGUUUGGUGAAGCACCACGGGGCCGAUGAGAGUCCAAAGGGGAGGCACUGAAAUCUCCACAUCGUCCCUUCCCAUUGGAAUUGGAGAAGGUGUUGACAGUCUUUGGCGAUGGGAUUGUGAGGUAGGCGUCUUGUAGGUCUAAUUUGACCAUCCAGUCCUCUAAUCUGAGGAGGUCCCUCGGGCAAUGGAUUCCCUCCAUUUUGAAUUGAUGGUAUCGUACGAAUGCGUUUAGGGGGCGCAGGUUGAUGACUGGUCGUACCCCUCCCCGCCUUUCUUGGGCACUAGAAAGAGGUUGCUUUCAAAGCUGUGGGAAUAUGGCGGGACCUGAUAGAUCGUGCCUUUUUCUUGCAGUGCGAGAAUUUCCUCGCUUACCAGGGUCCUGUCAUGUGUGGAGAAAAUUAUUCGGUGUGGUCUGGAGGAUUGGACAGGGUGUUGUAUAAAUUCGAUUUGGUACCCUUGGAUAGUGUGUAGGACCCAAACAUCUGUCGUUAAUGUGCACUAAGCCUCUACAUAGUGAGCCAGCCUGCCCUCCACUAUAGACAUACACGGGGAAGGGUAUGGUAGGACUCAGCCAUACGAGGCGCUCCUUGUCCCUCGCGACUGCCACGGUCUGCCCCUGACCGGGAAGAAGAGCGACGGGGACCUGUUCUCAGGAGGCUAAAAUCUAGGCAUUGCAGGGCCUCGAUAUCCCCGGUAGGUACCACAGGAAGAGCGGCUGGACAGACGGCCCAGUUGUCUGCCGGCCCCCCAAAUUUUUUUGGGAGAGAACACUCUCUUUAAGUUUGUUUGUGCCUUGUCUAAUGCCGUAAAGGUAUUGACGUAAUUACCCAAUUCCUUUACGAAGUUGUCUCCGAAGAGGAAACCUUUUGCCUGAGGCCCAGGCUUAUGGCCAUAUUAACCAGUUUCGGUUCUAUUUUCAUGAGGAUAGCUUUCUCCGCUCAGUAGCCAAAGCUGCAUUUGCAUUGCCGAUAAGGCAUAUAGACUGUUGGACCCAACCCCUAAGGGCCAGCAGGUCAAUUCGGAUCUCAUCGGUUAAAGCUGCUUCAAUCAUUUCAAAGAUUUUUGCACUGGGGCCUAAACGUGUCCAGCAGCUUAUCCUGGCUAUGGCGUAAGGAGUAAUCAAGCCCCUUUUUUGCCUUCCUGCCAGAUUUUCCCACAAAAUUGGGCCACUUUGGGGUCUAUGUCCAGCAAGCCACAAGCCACGUCGGGUACCGUAGGGCGUGGGCAUUCCACCCUAAAUUUGUUCCUCGUGGCCUUAUCUAGGGGUUUCCUGAUCAUGGCCGCUAUAUAAAGUGCCACGUGUUCGGUCGGGAACCAUUCUGCCGACCUCGGGUUUUGCAACGCAUCGGUGUCAAAUAGGGGCUCCUCUUGUGGAUCUAGGAUAGUGGACGUAUACGUAUUAUCAAUAGUGGUUAUGGUUGCUUUGCGUGUUGGGCUAUAGCCCGGGGAGGAAACCUCUGAUUCAUUGGAGUCGAUCUCGUUGAACUCAUUCAAGACCUCCUCAGAAUCCAAACCAGUGUCGGAAGAGUCUGCUAGGGCUUUUGCCCUUUUCCAUGUCCGCGCCGUGUGGUGGGUCUUUGCAGUGGCUUUACGGCCGCCCUGUGAUACUGGCUAUUUACAGGGGCCUUAGAGCGGGACACAUCAGGAUUAUGGCUAGACGCCAUGAUGGCAUUAGUAAUGGAGUGGGAUAUAGUAUCCGACAUUGUCCCCAUUGCGGAGUAGAUAGCCUGGGUGACUGAUUUGGUCAUAGUAACGUCUAGGAGCGAAGGGAACUCCUCUGAGUUCAAUUGCUCCAAUGGGGUUACCUCCUCCCUUUGGCUGGAAUGGGAUCCAGGUGGUACUUAGCUGAGGCAGCAGCAAAGAAAGAGGAAGAGAAGGGGGUCACAUGGGACUAUAUGAUAUGUGGACUGUUCCCAUUGGCUAAGAUAUAGUGAUGUAAUGGUUAACCCUAUGAGGGUAUUUGUUCAUUUUUUUUUCAUUAUGAAUACCUUAGCUUUCUUUGCUGCUGAGGAAUAAAAGAAAGAGAUAAGCCUAAUAUGAGCCUCCGUGCCCUGUAAUAAAAUUACAUUGCAGGAUUAAGACUGCAUCCUAGUGGCUGUCAAUCAGGCAGCCACUAGAGGCACUUCCUGGUGGCUUACUGACUUUUAUGUUGCCUGACGCUGGAUGUCCUCACGCUCUGCAUGAGGACAUCCAGUGGCUGUCAAAUCCCCAUAGGAAAACAUUGCAGCCAGGAGCGCGUGAGGAGGCAGAGGCAGCUAUAGUGUAAGGAAUACAGAUUUGUAUUCCACUAUAGAAUCCCCUUUGGCUACUCUGGCCUUAAUUUUGAAUUUCUCUUUAGUAAAUAACCUUGCUUUAAUUGUAAGACUUGGGAAAAUGAAUUCUCUUAAUAUCUUCUGUUGGUGUAGCAGCUAAUUAAGAGGAAAAAAAUAAACUUUGAGUGUGUAUAUAGCAGACAUUAAAAUACCAUUUUUACUUUUGUGUAUGGCCCAAUGGACCCGAGUGAACACUGUUCAAUCACCAUCCUUAUUUCUGGCUGAGAAUAAUGCCAGUUGCAGUCCUAAGAUGGCUGAUAGACCACAACUUCCUUAUUGAGGAAUGUAUUUAUUUAUUUAUAUGAUAUUGCGGUAGGGGAAAACGGGGGGGCAGUUUAGAGUACCCUUUUGGCAAUUUUAUCAGAAUCUCCGAAUAACUCCUAGAGCUUAGAUACAAUAACUGUACUGUUUAUCCUCCUGUUGUAAAGCCAUGUGUUUAGAUUGGGCCAACACUUGGCAAUUUGUACUCCAUGUCCCUAUUUUUUCUAUUUUAAAAUUACUGGCCCCUGUGUUUCCCAGCACUUAAUAAGAACCUGCGGAGUCUUGGUGCUCAUCAUGAGUGGUAAUUUACAAAAGUUGUAAAAGUACAGAAUUCUGCAGGAACAUACCUUUGGUUUUCCAUUGUGACUUCUCCACGUGGGGACCCAUAUUUUCUUUUUUUUUUUAUACAUAACCCAAUGUUUCCGUGUUAUUGUAUUUAACUGAGGUGAGUGCAGCACAGGUAAACACACCUACCUUAGAAGCAGUUAUGAGUUCAGUUAUGGGAUCACCGUUUCAUGGUACUUGGGUGAGAUUAUAUGUACUUGGCUAUUCUUUGUAUAGUGCUACAUUUGUGCACGCACCCUCGCAGUAAUCGUGCAAAAGAAAAUGUAAGCUUUAUUCACAUUUUAAUAUAUGUGCAGUUUGUGUAUGUAUAGUUUUAACAUUAUGUGUAUCUAACAAUUUUGUCCACUUUUUUUAGUUCAUCAUCACGGGAGGAAAUCUGCAAGAGAGCAAGGAAGCAAUUCAGCUAGCACAGUCUAAUGGUAUUUACUUUGUUCUCCACAGUUUGUAGUCCUUAAUUGCAAAUCACAAACAUAGUCCAUAGUGCUGUACAAAAGGAGCGCUUGUGUAAAAUUCUGCUAACACUCUUUUUAAAGGGAUCUUAAAUUGACAUGUAAUCUGUAUACUAUAAAAUACUCUAGAGCAGGGAUCUCAAUCCCCCUCUUCCCCUCCCCAUAUCAAUGUCCUACAACUCCCAGAAUUCUUUGAAUGUAAUCAAUAGCCAGACAAUCGCAGGAGUUGUGGUAGAGCAACAUCUCAGGGGGCAGAGUUUAAAGGGCCACUGUAGGCACCCAGACCACUCCAGCUCAUUUAAGUGAUCUGGAUGCAAUGUCACUUGACCCUCUGAGGGUUAACUUCUCCUCUAGUGGCUGUCUAGCAGAUAGUUAAGUGACUGAGGGGGUUUUAACCCCUUUAGCAUCGCGGGAGGGAGGCGUGAGGGCACUGCAGGAGCCUAUAGUGCCAGGAAAACGGGUUUGUUUUCCUGGCACUAUAGAAUCCAUUUAAAUUGUCUGCUCUAAAGGGGUGACCAAAAGCUAGAACUAUAGCACUCAUCAUGCUUUGGCAGUUCUAACCCCGUCAAAACACCAUGGGGUUAGAGUUACAGAACAUUGAUGAUGGAUCUAUGUAUCUUUUUGCCAACACUGGCCUGGAAUUCUGGUAAAUGUGCUUCACUUAAAUUUACAAUGCUAAGGUGCACUGUGACUGAUUUAAAUCGUAUGGGCUUGUAUUUAGUCUGAAGAGAUUUAUAAACAGCUCUGUUUGAUUGAAACAAUGAUCUGAUAUACUAGUGGAAAGUCCUCAUUUUAUAUUCUGUGUUUACUGCCUCAGUAGGAUGAUUGCAGAAACUCAGCCUUAUGAACCAUUAUCGGUUUGUAUUGUGUGGUUUACUACAGAUGUCUCUUUGUUAGAUCGUUUUUACAGCACUGUUGGCUGCCACCCGACACGAUGCGGCGAGUUUGAACAGGGAGAUCCGGACAAGUAUCUAACAGAUCUGCAGAGUCUUUUGGAAAGUAACAAAGGCAAAGCUAUAGCAGUUGGGGAAUGCGGCCUGGGUAAGAUAAUGCUUCCACCUAGCGGUAACGUUUUACAAAACAAAAACUCUUUAAACUUGUCAUUCAUUUUCAAAGUAAUUAUAACAUAAAGCAUACCUGUCGCAGAAAUAUAUGGUAACAUCAUAAUUGCCAGAAAAUUCGUAGAUGAUUUUUCUGUUAUAUUAAUACUUUUAUCUCUAAGCCAGCUGCAGUGAGAUCAUGUGCUAGGCAUUUUGAAAUGCUGCCUUGUGGGAUUGCUUGAAAGCACAACAUAGACUGGGAUUCCAAACUUUAGUUUGGUAAUACAAUCCAUACAUUCACCGAUUUCACUUGUGAAAGGUAUAGAAUAGAUUGUAUAACUUACCCGAAGCUGACCUGGUCAUCCAGGCAGGAGUGUAUCAGAUAACUAACUAAUCACUGUGAUAACAAUGCUAAUAUGCAAAAUUCAAUAAACACCUUUUUUUUUUUUCUUUGCUGCAGAUUUUGACAGAUUGGAAUUUUGUCCGAAGGAAACUCAACUCAAGUAAGUGUCAGGACCUUGAAUAUAGAGAAAGAGAUUGGAAUUUAAGAUCCCAUGUGUGUUUUCAAGAAAAUCAUUUCUGGUCCAACAGGCUAAUGUUAUGAUAAAAUUCUCAUACAUUAUAUUCCCGAUUUCACCCUGAGUGCAAUGCGUUUAUUGCAACUAACUAGUUUAUUUACUAGAUGGACUUGUGGAGCAUUACAUGUCCAACACAUGCAAACUGUAAAUAUAUAUCCAAUAUAAGUCGUGUUUUCCACAGUUCUCAUUUACAGGGGUAUUUACCAAUAUGUGAAUUAAAAAUUUAAGGGCAAAAUAUCCGAGCAGUACCUGGCAAGUAUUGCUUUGUUAGACAAACAAGCACACUAUCUUUUAUUUAUGUGAUUUCUGAUUCAGCUUCCUUCUCCGGGGAGCUUUUCAAAGCUGAAUGUUUGUAAAGUUCACAGUAGGAUUUUGCAGCAUUUAUCAAGAAACUGAAUUCUAGUAGAACAUCUAGUGAUGUCAGAAAUGGAAAACCUCUAUCUAGAUGUUUUCAUGGUUUACUGUAUAAAAAAUGUGGGGUUUAGAAACAUACAUCUUUGGACUCAUAACAUGUUAAUAAGCAACUGUCUGGACUUUGUAGAUUAAAAUAAACAUUAAGAUGUUUUGGGUAUCUAAAACGGUCCGUAAGAAUAAAAUAGAGUUUUGAGAGCUCUUUGGUAAUAAAGAGAGUUAAUCGUUUAUUGAUUGUUUAGUUGAAAGACAGUUGUGUCAGGAUAAUAAUGCAUAAAUCUCAGAUGUGACAGGUCCACUUUAAAGUAGGGGGUCUUUACUUUUAUGUUUAGUAACAAUGUAAUUUAUUAUUAAUAAACACUUUUUUUAAGUUUCUUGUUCCUGUUUCGGUACAGGUAUUUUGAAAAACAGUUUGAUCUAGCUGAACAUACCAAGUUACCAAUGUUCCUUCACUGCAGGAACUCACACAAGGAAUUUUUAGGUAGGUUGGAUGUAAAAAUAAAUAAAUAUCAUUUUAUAGGGCUCUAUGAAAAUAACACAAGAAACAUAAAGUAAAUUAGUGAUGGUAACCUCGGGCAGCCUUGGAAAAUGUGAUGCUAAGCCAGCCUUAAAGCUAAAGAGUACCUGAAUAUUUAAUGGGCAGUCCCAAACUAAACAAAUAGAUUACUGUUUAGUAGAUAUAUACCCAAUAAAAACCAUGAACACAUUUGUUUUUUUUCAUUGGGGAUAUAUCUAAAAACAGCUUUUGCAAGUCCUUCCCUUCUAUCCCCGCCCAGACUUCCUGUAGCUGUCCAAUCACAGACUUCCCAAUGCAGCUCAAUGAGAAGUCUUUGCACAGUAGCUGCUCUGGGCAAUUGUCUUCCUCUUGAGUUUAGCUCCACUGAGCUAAACAAGCAGGAUGUAACAGGACCAGGACGUAAAAGCCCAUUUCUAUUGAAAUCUGCACUUUGUAAAAAGAAAAAAAAAAACAAGGUACACUCUUUACAAAUAAAACAUUUCAGCAAGCUAAAGUACUUUAGGUGUCUGGAGUGUCACUUUAAAGAAAAUGUGGUUCACGGAUACCAGGUUGGACCACAGUUUGCCAUUACUGCAUUGAGAUUACAUUAAUCAUUGAGAAUAUAAUGUGAGUGGCAUGUAUAUCAAACUACGCGGCAGUUUCGGUGUUUUUACCAUUUUCAAUUUAUAAUUUACUAUAAAUGAAUACUUCUGUAUUAAAUCAGUCUAUAUUUAUUAUUUAUGACACCUUCUUUUUCUUUGUAUAGGUAUAAUGCAGAGAAAUAGAGAUCGUUGUGUUGGAGGUGUGGUAAGUACACAUAUUGGUGGUAUAGCCUUUUUUCCUGCAGCGCAUACAUACAUUUGCUUUUAAUGUUUAAAAGUACAGUGCUGGGAUGUACUAACUGUUGGCUGAUAUAGUGUGGUAAAACCAGACUAAAUUGCUUACAGCUGAACCUUACUUAACUACUGUAAUUUUUGGAAUAUAAGUCACACCCAUAUAUUUUUUUUAGUACAAAUUUAGGAAACAUAAAAUAAAACAACCUGUACCAUAAUUACAGUAAAUUUUAGUUUGUGUAGCGCAUGUAGUGGUUGAGAGUAAGGAAUCCAAUGUGUUUAGUGCAUGUAGUGUGUAAGGAAACACAGUGGGUGUGUGAAUUUGUGGGGUGGGAUAGUGGCUGUGACCUGUGUGUUUUGGAGGAGUGGGGGUGAGAAGAGCAGCUUUAUAUUUUAUUAAUAUUUCAUAUGUUAAUUCCCUCUGCUCAGGGAGAGGGACACAGAAUACCCUGGUGGUAAAAAUACCUAUUCGCCCGGAGCUAUUGUGAGGACCCAGCUUGCACCUCUGCCGGGUGCAAGCUCUUAUCAGGAGCCCCGGCUUGUGCAGAGUUGGAGCGUUGCUGUGAUAACCCACGGCACUACUCUGACAAGCCGGGCUCACGCGAGAGAGGACACUGCAGAAGCCAUGCUCUCUAUCUCUACCUAAAGAAGCUUACAAUAGAGACUAGUUGGAAUUCUUUGAUUUCCCUCACUGUGCCUGAUUGUUGAUGUGUAUAUAAAGCGAUAAAACCUAAAUAUUAUAUAUUAUAAUAUUACAAAAAAUACAGUAUUUUGAUAUCUAAUGAAGAUGUUAAACUUCAUCAUCACAAACAAGGGGGUGGGGCGGAGUUUGAAAUAAAAAAAAUAAAAAAAACACCAAUGUGUAGUCAAAAAAUUGUGUCAUUUGCUGUUCCUAUAUUACUUUUAUUACUAAUACUCAACUGGACAAGUGCUUUAUAAUGUCCUGUUGUUUAGGUUCAUUCUUUUGAUGGAACAAAGGAAGAUGCUGAAGCGUUAAUAAAUUUAGAUCUUUACAUUGGAAUUAAUGGAUGGUAAGUCAAUCAUUUUUAUUUAAUUUGUCUUCUUCCAAUAAUUGUUUGGGUGUCACAUGCACGUGUUCCUUUUGGUUCCUACUGUAUUAAUUGUAGUUUUUAUUUUAUAUUUAAAAUCCCUUUCUUGUAUAGUUCAUUGAAGACAGAGUCUAACCUGGAAGUUCUGAAGUCUAUACCUGCUGAAAGACUAAUGAUUGAAACAGGUAUGGCGAAUGAUAAACUUGAAGGAUGUUUGCAAUUUGUUUUCUUACACAUUAAACAGAUAAACUCUACAAAUAACAUGGGAAGACCAUGCUAUGGAAUAUUUAAUUGCCAUGACAGUUCUCCUGGCAGAGCAUUAUGUUGAAUAUACAACCAUAUUGUAAUUUAAGAAGAAAAAAAAUGAAGAAUAUGAAGGGUAAAUAAUAAGAAUUAAAUGGGCAACAUAACCUCUACAGCUCCAUCCGGGGAUGGUUUAGAAGUUGACAUAAAAUGGUCAUGCACAGACAGCCCCCUCCUCAGCCAUACACAUAAUUAAAGCUUCCGCAUUAUCAAUAUCAUUUCUGUCAACCCCGAGUUUUACUGUUCACAACUCCCAGCCGACAUGGCAUAUUGGCAAGAUCUUAUUUGUUUAAAAAGACGGAUGCCAUGCAUAAGUGCCUGAAUAUUUUUUAUUAUUAUGUAUUAAUAAAUGGAGUCUGAAAUCUCACUUGCGGCAAAUUAAAAUAUGAUUUGAAAUAACUUCUAAUUUUUGUGUAUCAGAUGCUCCCUGGUGCGGAGUAAAGAACACCCAUGCAGGAUCGAAAUAUGUUAAAACGACUUUCCCAACAAAAAAGAAAUGGGAAGCCGGCCAUUGUUUGAAGGAUAGGAAUGAGCCUUGUCAUAUAAUGUAAGUAUAUAAAUGACUUCAACAUUAUCUUACGUAGAAAUAAUAUUGGCAACAUUGAAGUGUUCCGCUGCCAUUGUAAAAUUUACCUUCCCACUUUUUACAAAAUUUAUGAAAAUUAUAGAAAAAUAUGCAUAUUUUGCCCAAAUUGACUAAUGAAGAGUGUUAGAGGACGAUAGAAGUAUUUACACAAGCUUGGACAGACGGAGUGUUAUCAUCAUGGGAAUAUUCUACAACUGAGUAGAUAUGACAUAUCCAUCAAACCUGGAGAGCAAUGAUUGGUUAAGGGGUUAUUCUAGAACUCAUUGACACUGAUAAUAUUUAUGCCAAUUCCAUAAAACCUGGAGAGCAGUGUUUGGGUUAGGGGGGGUUAUUCUAGCACUCAUUGACACUGAUAAUGUGUUAACGUAAAUUCAACUUAAUCAAUGUGACCGAAGACAAUUUGCAAUAGAACAACUGCACUGAGCUGUAGUAGUUCUCAAUGUGUCCCUUUAACUGCCAUAUGUGCCAUGACUGGAAGCAUUUGUUGUACCUGAUUAUAAAACUGAACACAUUUGUGAGAUACUGAGAUGCUUCUGUAUACCCAUUGCAACUGUUUUAAUUCAAUUCCAUGCCAAAGGCAAAAAGCUUAAAAUAGAACUGUCAUGAAGAUGGUGGAUAUACUGCCUUUAUAACAAAAACAGUCCUUGUUGCUGCUAACUGCAAGGAAGACUUAAAAACAGUAUAUAACCCUAAAACUAGAUUUUUUUUUCCCACUUAAAAAAAAAAAAGCUUAAAGUGACCACUUUGUAGACAAAUAUGUAUACACUGCUCAUUCACAACAUUAAAACCACUGACAGGUGAAGUGAAUAACAUUGAUUAUAUGGUUACAAUGGCACAUGUCGAGGGGUGGAAUAUAUUAGAAGUCAAGUGAACAGUCAGUUAUUGAAUUUCAUGUGUUGGAAAAAUGGGCAAGCCAAAAUAUCUGAGUGACUUUGACAAGGACCAAAAAGUGCAUCGCUGUUUGCUGCAUAACUGCAGACUGGGCCGAGUGCCCAUGAUCCACCUCUGAAAGCACCUUCAAUGGGCAUGUGAGCAUCAGAAUUGGACCAUGGAGCAAUGGAACAAGGUUGCCUGGUAUGAUGAAUUACUGUUUCUUUUAAGUCAAGUGGAUGGCCAGGUGUGUGUGUUGUUUACCUGGGGAAGAGAUGGCCGCAAGCUGCACUAUGGCAGGGAACCAUCAACACUCACACUGAUGUGGACUAUACCAACAUUAUGGGAGAUGUAGUCCACAUCAGCUGGAGUGACGAAUGUUGCCUACCCCAGCAUUAUGUGAAGAAGGCAGGCCAGCGGAGCAGUGUUGUGCUUCGAACAAUAUUCUGCUUGGAAACCUUGGGUCCUGGCAUUCACAUGCAUGUUACUUUGACACGUACUACCUACCUAAAGAUUGUUGCAGAUCUUUCAUGGCAAUGGUGAUCCCUGAUGGCACUGGCCUCUUUCAGUAGGAUAAUGCACUAUGCAAAAAUUGGCCUGGAAUGGUUUGAGGAACAUGCAAGGUGUUGCCUUGGCCUCUAAAUUCCCCAUAACACAAUCCGAUUGAGCACCUGUGGGAUGUGCAGGAACAACAACUCCGAUCCAUAGAGGCUCCACCUCACAACUUGAAGGACUUAAAGGAUCUGCUGCUAAUGUCUUGGUGCCAGAUACCACAGGACACGUUCAGAGGUCUUGUGGCGUCCAACCCUCGAUGCAUCAGAGCAUUUGGCAGUACGAGGGAGACCAACACGAUAUUAGACAGGUGGUUUUAAUGUUGUGGUUAAUCAGUGUAGGGUAGGACUUAAUAAACAUUUGUAGUCCUAUGCUACUAGCCAUGCUGUAAUUAAACAUUACUUGUCACUGCAAAGUAUACCAAAGUGGAAAUUUUUAGCCAUGUAUAGGCAAUAAAUUGUUCGCCAUUCUUUGGUAUUUGCACAUUAAAGUGACACUGUCACCAACUGGAGAGUUUGACAAAUUUCGGGUGGGGGCAGGACGACAGGUACAGGUGAGAUUUAUGUACCUGAACUUGUCCCUCACGGGCGCAGCCAUCUUGUUCGGUCUGCUCUGACGUCACUACUAUACUCUCAGCAUUGAAGUCUGUGGAGGAUUCCGCAAGAUCCUCCAUGGACAAAACCAAUUCCAUGCAGCCGUCACUGGAGCCGGGUGUCAGGAUUGAUACUUAGUCUCAGUGGGCAGAGAAAUACAGUCCCUACUUUGUGUCUGUCUAUAUCUGGACUGGAUUGGCAUAUCAGUGAAAUUCCAACAGUCAAAAUUAGUAUUUCAUAAAAAUUCUAUCAUUAUGAAAAACUCAUUUUUCUGGGGUGGGGUGUGAAAUUGCCACUUUAAUAACCAUCACACAUUUAACUAGAGGGGAAAAAAAUAAUCUGUUGAGCACAAAGUAAUAUGUUCAUAAACCGCCUUCCAUGUUGGUAAUACUGCCUUUGAUAUUGCAGACAGGUGCUCGAAAUUAUGGCUUUGGCUAGAGAAGAGGACCCACUAGAACUAUCGAAGAUCCUCUACAACAACACUAUGAAAGUAUUUUUCCCACACAUGUAGAACUUUACAGGAUCGUUAGAAAUGUCUGAGUAGUUUUAUUUGUGGUCAAUAAUCCAAUAAACACAAUCAUAUUUUACUCAGAUCUAUGACACUCAUGGAGAAAUCAUGUCUUGCUAUGUGCACAUUAUCAAAAUAUUGAUAGUGGUAGGCUAAGGCAUAGCCAACGGGAAUUAAUACUGCUGAGACAGUUUGGUUGACUGUAAAGUAACACUGGAAAUAGAUUUAUUGAGGGCUUAGUGUUGCAAACAAAGGCAGUUGGUAACUUAAUGCUAACAAUACAACAUAGUUGUAUACAGAUCAGCAACUAUACAAUAAUUCAUGCCACAGUGCUUAAGGCAGUUUUUAUACAAUAUAUUAAAAAUCUUUUUUUUUUUUUUUUUUAAGACUCCAUUUAGUAGUAAACAGAUUUUCAAACAAAUUAUAUUAGACAUUUUCCCUUUUUUGAAUUUGUAUUUUCUUAUAAAUAUAUGGUAAGUUUCCAUCCCUGAGCGGUGAACAUGUAUUUCAAACCGUUCACAUUACAUUGUUAUUUAGCAGUACAUAGAGACCAGUUGGUGACUACGUAAGCUUCCGGUAAGUUACAUAAUGUCAUUUAUACAUUGUUCCAAUUAAAUCAAUAGAAAACCUGUAGUUAAAUGUUCCUUUUUAAGUAAAUCCGCUCACCGAGAUGUACUUUCAUCCCACAAUGCUCAGAACUAAAUCCCAGACUCCUCUGCUUUCAUUCUGGGAGUGAAAUUGCCUGACUUUUAGUAUUUCACACCACUGUUCAGAACACAAUACUUACUAUACAUUGUGUAUUGAAAGUACACCUCGCUUAUCACUCAGAUGACAGUGGUAUAUAAUCAUGAAUAUUCAACCCAAGAUAUUGAUAUGUAUGGUCUAUACAGUGUCUGCACAUAAUGGUCAUGUGCCUGGUAACACGUGAAUACUUUAAGUGAUAUGUCACACGGGAAAAUCCAUCCUUUUUAGCAUAGGUUGAGACGUGAUAUGUAUUUUACACGUUUCCGGGCCAGACCAAGCCAUCCGUAACCUCGGCACAUACAAGUUUUUAUUUGUGUACUGUUAGUCAGUUUCACUAUAUGGAUAAUUUCAGUAGUCAGAACUCAGUUGCUUAGAAUAAGAACAAAUAAACCCAGUUUUUCUUAAAGCUAUAUAUGCAGUACACUGCAACAAGAAGCCUUAAAGGCCAAGUCUAUAUUCACCAAGUUCAGAUCCAACUAGAUUGACAGACAAGGUACUGCAUGGUUUGCUAUUUUCAUGAAUAAGGUUAUUUGGCACAGCUGAAAAGUGGUUCAUGGGUGUUGCACAGAAGUGAAAACAGUAACAGGAUUGGCUGAUAAAUUUAAGUGAUUUCCCUUUCCCUAUAGAAUUUGCAGAAAUAUUUUUUUUUUUUAUAGCUAAACAAAGGCUUCUCCUUAAUGUAUGAAAGUAGAGUGGGCAACUAUACCGCCAGUAACUGUGAUUACAUAUAUGUAGCUAAAUUACUCAUUUAUCACAUUAGCUUGUUCCCAUUUAUGUCGUCAAAAAUAUUAUAAUCUCUAUCCAAACAAAACUUUCCUAUGAAUAUAUUCACAAUUUAUGAGUUUCUCUACACUAUGAAUCAGCAGUGGGUCUGUUAUUUCCAAUGAACCUUUCUGAUACUGCAAUCAAUUAGCAUGCUAGUCGCUAUGUGGCAGUGUUUGUGAAGGAAGCCAAGCAAUAGCUAGAAUGACACAGAAUCCACACCAGACUGGCUGACGCAGAGCACUGGUACAACUUCUACUUGCUGAUCACAUUUUAAACUUAGUCGGAAAUGGACUCUAGUAUCUGCAUCCACAAAUGACACACAAUAGCCAAAGGGCGGGCGGGCGGAAAGGAAGGGAAAGAGAGAGUGUGUGUCUGCCUGCAUUUUAUUUUCUUUCGGGCAUCAAUCAAGUAUUCAUAGAGCUCAGCAGCAGGUAUGUAUCAAAAUCUAUACUAACUGGGUGUUCGACUAAAGUGAGAAUUCUAAGUGUGUUUUAAAAUCAAGGUCAAUAUAGCAAACUGGGAAAAAGCUCUAAGUUCGCAUUGCUUUUAUUUGGACUACUCUGGCCUUAACUUUGAGAUUCACUUCAAUAAAUAGCCCUGUAUGAAAUAAGGAAGAAGCAAAAAUUUAAAGUUCCAUACCCUUGUUUACCCUGUAGGGUUGUUUGUCCAAAUAGUCUAUUUAUAAUGUAUGUAUUUAGUCAAAACAGUUUGUUUGGGGUUUUUGCAUGUGGGUUUAUUGAAACUUGCCUUUAACCUUCACUUAGAAUGUCAACAGAUUGUCUUGGAAUAGGCUGGCGGUGGACCUCAUCCAUGCACAGUCCUGAUACGUUCACAUAGGUCACCAGCAAUCUUUACAAUUUGUUCCAGUGUCAUAGCUUUGACUAGACACAUUUUCCUCAUCUUACAUAAAUGGGACAUUACCAAGAAAGAAUGCAUCUUAAAGCAGACUCGUCGCAAAUGUGAUAUUGCUGUGGUUGUUGCUUUUGCUUGCUCAAGUCUGUUUACUAAAAAUAAAAAAAGUGUAUACAUACAUACAUACACACGUCUGCCAUUUUAAAAAGUCUCUCAGUUGCACAGCUUGGUUAUGUUAAGACUGGGCAUUAAAAUUCUGUUUCAAUUCCGAACAAUGCUCUUUAAUGAUUGCUACACUUAUGUAUAGAAAAACAAUGAUGGCUAACAGUAUGAGGACAUGAUAUGUAUUUCCAUCUAAUGUUGCUUCCAUGUACCAAGUUGUCCAUUUUAUAUAAUAGAUGUGUGCUGUGAAAUUUGAAAUAUAUUCCCAAUAUAAUAUAGUCAUUUCAUGAUAAUCACAUUAUUAAAACCCUUCAAACCAGGUAAAAGUUAUACAGCAUCUCACAAUAUAAUGUUAUUUUGGUAAUGGCACAGUAGUCUAUGCAGUGAAUCAGUAAGUUCGAUCCAUGUGACUAAAUUUAUUACUUCACCAUAAAUUUCUGUUUAGCUGUGAAGAACUACCAAUACAAAGUGGUCAACACAAGGAGCUUUCUGCAUCUCUUCUUAAUCUAGAAUGGAUCUGUGACUUUUUUUCUAGACAGUUUGAGGGUAAACUCAAAGUAACAGAAUGUGCACACCAAACAACUGUGACUUGGAGGUGUUAGCAACAGAUUUAUUACUCAUUGCUUUGGAGAUAUGAAAAAGUGCUUUUGUGUGUGCUCUCCCACCCCGCAACUCAUAGUCAAGACUAACAUGCCUAACUCACUCACUCCUACUCCACCCAAAAAAACCUAAAACACUUUGUGCAGUUCAAAAUACCUUAAAAGCAGUGGUUCUCACAUAUGCAUCUGCAUCAAAUGACAGACACUUUCCCACAGUAGCAGUUAUUGUACAAAACCCACGUGUUUAUUUUAGAAACAGGAAUACCAAUAGUCAUCAUGAUUUUACUACUACAGAGGUUCCCAAGCCAAUCCUCAAGGCACAUGAACAAGUCCAUAUUUGAUCAUUAUCCUCAUUGGAAGUGGUUUGUGAAAAGUCUAAAUCCAAGACUGUUGAUGUACCUUGAGGCGGUUUUGGAACCCAACAGUCAUUGUUUCCAAUUGAUGAAGUGAUCGCUCACAAAUGGUUGCAUGGGCUGAGCAUGAUGUGAUGUUUAUGGUGCCAGGAGUUUCCUGGAACUGUCCAAUUGUCAAAUCAUUUUUGAACAGUUUAAAAAUAAGCUGGGUCCUGUAGGUGGCCAGGUUCUGCCCUUCUUCUCAGACAUCCAUCUCUGUACGCAAUGUUGCUCCCAUCACAUUUUUUUAAGUAAACUUUUAUAUAUUGGCAUAGAAAGAAACCAAACCAUUACCAUUCCAUCUAAUUUCAAAAAUGUAUAAAAUAAAAUGGAACCGAUUAUGGCAUUAGAGAAGGUAAAAUUUAACAUUCAGUUAAGAGCAAAUACUAGGAUAUAGACUGCAGCUUCACAAAUGCAGUCCUGGUGUCAACAGAUUACAGCAUGGAUAGUAAAAAGAACAAAAAAAAAUAAAAUAAAUAGUAGCCCAAAUCUACUUGUUCUGACACACUAAUUCAACAGGAAAUAUUUUUUGGGGAGGGGAGAUAUUCAAGAGUGCAGGAUUUUUCAUUUGGAUCAUGUGGUGUGUGGAAUAUUAGUACCGAACAAUCCUAAGGAAAACAGUCACAUGCAAGUGAGCAAUCCGCUUUUUCUAUAUACUUGGAUUUCAUGGAUGGUCUGUCUUAUUUUUUGCAUGCAAUGUUUUAAUCUAGUGGUCCAUGGGGGGGGUAAGAGGGUGUCAAAACUUGCCUAGUGGUUUAACGGUGAACCCUUUAAAACCCGCCUGAGGGAUUUAGGGGGUUAUUGUGGACUGAAUUUUUCAGAAUCUCUCCCUUGCAGUUCAGCAUUCAGUGAUUCAGAGUGCGUGCUGAUAGUUCUGACAGCUGCAUUCUGGCUCACUUGAGAGGGCCAGACCUCAAGGUAGCGAUUAUGGAGGUCUGCACCUGAUGGAGAUACAGACCUCACACUCCCUGCUCAGACCCUAUUCUCCCAGGAGCGGUCUUGCCACUUUCCUGCGGCAGGGCGAAAAGAUGUAAUCUGCCUCACACCCGGAACUGCAAUAGGAAUUUCACACCCAUGUACAUUUAUUUUGGUGAUAUAUGAAAAAUCAUCUUUCAGUAGCUAUAGUACUGCCAGCCCUCCCUUCUUUCUCUAGUACAGACUUUCAUUUGGUGCAGUGAAUUGACUGAUGUUUCUCAUUGGGCUAGCAAUGUGCGACUUCAUUUACACUUUUCUCAAGGUUCCAGAUUUGGGUCUAUUUUUAGGACACCAUGGGUUAAGUGGUUCACUAAUCUAACAGUAAUUUAACAGAUAUGAAAUGGUCAAUUUUUCUUUUUACACUUUAAAACUCUGUAGUUAACGCGCUAUUUAAUUAACACCAUGGUGUUAAUCAUUUUUUGAGACCAAGGCUCAUUUGUGAAAUACUCUGCUGCAAAAAAAACCCAAAAAGGAUACUUUUUUUUUACAUUGUGUACACAUGGUCUCAGCCUGAUGCAGAGAACAGAAUACCUGCAUGAAUAGUUAAUGGUUACUCAGUUAUAGGACAUUAAAACCAUGAGACUGAUGCACACGGCUGAAAAGGUGUCUUAAACAAGUGAUGCAAAAUCAACUUUUUAUUCCAUGUACAAGAAUGUACACAUUUAAUCAGGUCACAAAAGAGACCAAGAGAUAUUUACAGUAGCACUUUACAGAAAUGUUCCGUUCAAACCCUUGCGUCAAGAUUCAAAAAAAACUUGUGCUUUCAGAAUUAAACAGUGGAAGCUUAAUCUCUGCUCUGUAGCCCCAAAUAAACCUCUCAAUGAUUUAGACAACAGCAAAAUUAAUGUUAAAUACAAAUAAUGUUUAAUCCCCCAUGGAGUCAGUGUCAUUGACAGAUUCUUCGGCAGUGGAAGUGCGCGGCUGACUAUUCCACUCUUCUUCAUCACCCUCUGAACUCUCGUCUUCGCUAAGGCUGUUCUCCAAUUCAGGCUCUGCACCUUCGUCUACGGGAACCUGAGCAGGCUCCUCAUUUAGCACAAUAAACCCAUUAUUGUUAGAAAAUGAAGCAGUGUCUUUCAGGUCUUCUUCCACGUAUACUUUUUGAUGGCACAUCGGACAAGUGUCUUGGAUAUACAGCCACUUUCGUAGGCAGAGGGCAUGAAAGUAAUGGUGACAUGGCGUAACACGGGCAGAAGUUUGGAAUUCUUGAUAGCAGAUUGCACAGACAUCGUCUAUCUCCCUCAAUUCCGAUAAUUUAACUUCUGGAAGAGAAUUGAUUUUUUUCACAGCUGUCCUCCUGUUGAUAAAGGUCUUCCAUCCAUUCCUAGCUUGAAGGUAAAUGUUGAAAUAGGCAUGCAAACACAUCAUACAAGCACGGAUUUUGCUACCUGACUCAAACAUCAUUGUAUAAGCUCCAUUUCCAAACAUGAUUACUCCAAAGAUAAACUCUAUUAUGUUACCAGUUGAUCGCACAUGGUAGACAUAGUCAUCAAGUCUUUCCCACAGUACACUGUAGUAACCAUCAAUCAUAAAGAGUGUGUAUACUGUGAGAGACACAAUUACUUUUAAACACAGCUCUACACAGAAGGCGGUCACUGCAAACAGCCAUGUGUUUAGUGCAUAGUAGUGCCACAAGAAGCAGCUGAGAAGAACAGAAAACAUGAAAAGACAGACAGACACAAACAAUACUGGAAAAUGCCUACGAAAAGAGGACACAUGAGAGGCACUGAGUGACAUCAACACUGGGUCAGUCAUUCCAUGAAUAAAAUGUAAAAUGGCAGUCAACAAAAGGCACAUGUUCCGACAAAGGCGUACAAGUCGAUCUUCUGGUUUUAAGCCACUCAAACCAGUUUGUAGGGCCAAAAUGAAAAAAAGAACCGGGGCUACAAAGCCAAGCCGUUUAUCCUCUUCUUCUGUUGAACCUAUGAAAGCAAGUAUUCCAAGUCCCAGGUAAUGUGCUAUGGAAGAGAUUACAGCACUCAUCCCUAACACAGUUAGUGUGGAGUCGCAGCCACUAAUUAUAAGGUUGCAGAAAAGUUCCCAAAUGUCAUGCCAGUGUAUGAAGUAAGUGGCUUCCCCCGUUUCACUGGCGGACAUCCUGAACAAGUAGAUUAAAAAUACUGCCUGGGUGGCGAGUCUGCUGAGCCAGAAGACUCUGAGGACAUCGGGGAAGUGAAUCUUUUUCCAUGCAUCUUCAAUCAUCAGCUGUAGUCCAUAAAUCCUGUACAUUUGCUUUAACAGAAGGACAGUAUAGCGAGUUGAAUAGUAGAACCAUUUAAAUCGGCUGGACAAGCAUACUAUAGUGAAACCGACCAGAACAAAGCCAGAAAUGGACACUAGCACUUGUUGCACUAGGAUUGGAAGUUCCAAUAUUAAACCAACAACAGGGAUUAAAAGAUCCAGUAUUAUUAGUUGAGAGUAGACUGACUGGACCUCCAGCAGUGUAAGGAAUCCAAUCCCAAAAAAAAGUUGCAAGAUAGUGAGUGUCAUCCACAAUGAGGGUCCAUUUUGUGGAAGGAAGUCCAUCCCAAAUGCCACCGAGUGAUAGGCACGGUGAAAGUUAAGGUGCAUUGUGGCAUAGUAAUUCACCAACAUCGAACUUGCAGCCACUAUGAGGGCCAUGGUGAUCAUAUAAACCUUGAAAAGUGCUCUUCGUGAUAACAUCAGCACAACCGUGGAUGCCAAAACACC